AUGUCUACAAAAAGUGAUCCUCGAAGCGCACCCAACAAUCUGCCUCUAACCUACGACCGACCACCCCAUCUUGCAGACCGUCGACCUUCGCCGUCUCCUGGUCCAUCCAAUGGAUUACCUUUCUAUGAUAGAUAUGCGCCUGCGCGUUCUUCUUCAGCCUACCAAGAUAACUACGCGAGCGGAUACACGGCAAAUUCUUGGCGGCCAGAACGUUCCUUCUACAGUGGGACGCCGUCUCCCGAGUGUCAUGGGCAACAAAGAGACUUGCAAGCAGAAGGAUGGGCCCACCCUCCGUCUUGGACCCCUUCUGACUCAAUGACGUGGGCAGAACGGAGGGAACCCAUAGGCUCCAUGUACGAUAGUCCGGCGCCCAGAGGGCGUCGUGAGACGAUGGCUGAAAGGAUGUUUGAACCUUCUGACUCUUGGAAGCAAACUCACAUCGAUUCCAGCAUCGAUUCUGACGGGGCACGAGACCGCCCUGGGGAUCAGGAUUGGAAUAUGCGAUCACCUCAAAGAACUGUGCCCGACCAUUAUUCUCCUCCCCGUAAUCAUUACUCUCCAUCACAGGAUCAUUAUUCUCCAUCUCGUAAUCACUAUUCGCCGCCGCGCAAUCACUAUUCACCUCCUCGAGAUCUCUACUCCCCUACUCACGACCAAUACUCCCCUACUCGCAAUCAUUACUCACCUCCUCGAGAUCAUUAUUCUCCGCCUAUGUUUGAAAGUGACCAUUACAGGCCGCAUUCGCCCAGUCCUCCCUACACACCUCGAUAUCCGUACAUGAACCCCGGCUCUGAUUCAUACCGACCCCAUUACGAGAAUGACAGAGGUCCCUGGAGUGUUCGCCCCCCAGAGCCCAGGCCGAAAGGGAAGGGUCGCAAGCGAAAUCGUAGACGUUUCAUCAGCCGCGACCGCUCAAUCAGUAUCAAUUCUGUUCGCGCUCUACCUUUGUCUUCUCUCGUAACUUCUCGAGGAAUCUUCCCGCCGCAGAACUCAAGCGCAACCUUACGUCCGGCGAACGGCGACGGAGCGUUUGCAUUUCUCAGGCCAGCAAGUCCAUCGGGCGCGGAACAACCUCCCUGUAAAAAAUAUCGGUCGUGCUCCCCUAUUCCCCCACCAAAUAUUGGCAGUCGGCAAAUGUCCGAAGUUGUCGCCGAGCGUAAUGGUGUUAUCUCCCAUCCUGAUGACUACGAUAGCCUUGCAUCGACUCCUCAUGACGAUUCUCGUACGCUCGACUUUCCGGCUCCAGUUUCUGUGUCGUUCAAGCAGGAGAUAUUGGAGGAUCUUCCUGCACCUGAGCCUGUCGCAUCGUCCGGUACCGAUCGUAGCGGAAGACAUGCAGAGACAAAGAUUAAGGCUGAGGAUCUGCCUGCUUCUCGAUCUCUGAAGAUCGAUACGUGCAACAUGAAGAUUCCGGCAGAGAUGCGUCCGGAAGCCACUUUAUCUAGGCCAUCGGUAAAUGGUCUCGAGAUUUCGUCAGAGAAGCAGGUGACUUCAGUGUCGGCUGAAGACACCUCUUCCGUGGCAGAUGGCUCUGACAUGGAAAUGUCCUUACCAGCAUCUCCAACCGGUGGCUCUGCGCGGGAAGAACAAUAUUCUUCUCCGCAUUUGUCACCAGUCCCCGCUGUUCCAUUUGAGAAGGGUGUACCAAUCGCUGACGAUAAUAGACUUUCCCUGGCUGAGGAUUCGGAUAUGGAAAUGUCGCCUCCUCCUUCACCCUCUGAUCGAUUCUCAGCUGAGAGUGGCACUAGGACACCUUCCGGUCGACAUGGAAAGGUUCGCGAGCGUUCACCCUCGCCCAUACUCCGGCAGCUCGUUGUAUCAGAAGCGGAGAAAGACAAGCAGAUUAAGAAGCCGGAUGGGACGCUUCAAGUUGCUGUACGCCUGGAAGCGAUGGAAAGCAGCGGAACACACGAUUUUAUGGAGGAAUCUGAUGUGGAUAUGGAGAUAUCUACGCCCGCAACCCCUGCUCAUCCUGCUGACCUGCGUGCUCCUAGCGUCGGAAGCUCCACUGCCGUUGACGAGGAGAUUCCAGGCCUACAGGCCAUUCUUCCCAGCUCAGAAGUCGUGAGUAACGACCUUGCUAUGGAGCGGCCGAAGUUACCUUUGCAGGUACCCUCUCUUACUAUGCAGACCGUCGAUGGCAAGAUCCCGUUCGUUGAUGCUUCCCCUCUGGUUAUGUCCCCGCGCACACCACCUGGGUUGGACGCAGCUCCCACUGUUUCACUUGAGCCUCCUGGUGGCACUGGUGAUAAAGCUCCUUCUGCCCUUGAUGGACCGGAACGGGCCGGAGAAGACGAGGCCCGCACUCAGGUUCAGCCUAGUACUACCACGCCUGCGAUGCUUGCUGCACCUGUUACGCCCGCUGUUACGCCCGCAACACUGGCUGCUGUCCAAAAUCAACAGACUAAGGAGGGAUCUGGUGUACUCCAAGAGGCAGAGCAGGGCACAACGAAUGCUCAACGUCCCAAACCACUUUCUGAAGGACUGCGGCUGGUUGUGAUGACGAGGCUUCGGUGCGAUCGGCAGACAAGGGAGGAGCGCGUGAAUCCAGUGCUUCAUACCAACUUGUCCAUCGUCGAAGCCCUGCCACCACAGUCAUCGUCAUCGUCCUCUCCGGAUGCUGUGAUCCGGACGCUCUAUGGCGGAGAACGCGGACGAGCCAGAGAGGCUGCUUUUGCUAGGAUGAGGCCUUCUCUUCAGCAGCGAUUUGCUCAACGGCAGGCUGCGCUGACAGAGAAAGUGCGGACUCUGCGUGAAGAGUAUAUUUCUCUGCACGAACGCUGGAUGGCUCACUGCGCGAAACUGGAUGAGGUCACGAAGACGGCUGCUCUUGAGGAAGCUGCGGCUACCGCUGGGCGAACGACUAGGCGUACUGCGGCCCUCACGGACGCUGUACGCUCUGACUUGGAGAUGGAGCAAAUCAUCGCGAGCUUGGGCAACGAAGAGCUGACUGAUGCCAAUCACUUGGGAAGUCGGAAUGCCGCGACUAUCCCCGAUAUGAUCUCGGUGACGACAGGUAGCGUGGACUUGCUGUAUGACGACACGAACAACCGCGUGGACGAUCCUUCUGAGUUCUACGCUCCUCAAACUGGCAUGGACGACUGGUCGGAGGAGGAGAAGGCUAUUUUCCUGGAGAAGUGGGUUGAGCAUCCCAAGCAAUUCGGUCUCAUUGCCGACUAUCUACCACACAAGACUGCGGCGCAAUGUGUUACUUAUUAUUAUUUGCACAAGCACACGCUGAUCGACUUCCGGAAAGUCUUGUCUCGUCAUACAUCGAGCAAGCGCAAGCGUGGUGGUAAACGGGCGGACAAGAAGAAGGGCAACGCUCUUUUGACGGACAUCCGCAAACACGACGCCGAGGUGUCUCGGGAUUCCACUCCGGGCGCACCGACUACGCGGCGCAAGAGAGGCGCGCCGGCCGUCAAUAAUGAACUGAAGAGGGCAGCCUCUCGGAGGGGUUCUGCUCAGGUGGAGCAGUCCCCCAUUUCGACGCCGACACCUGGUCCUGAUCCGGAACCAAGACGACGAAAGCGUCAACCAAAACCUACCGCCCGCGCCAUUGCUCUGAUGGAACAGGAGAGCGCUGAGGUAUCCGUGGAACCUGAGCCCAGACCUCGGAGAGGACGGAAGAGUCGCAAAGUCGUGAAAUCGGCGGAGAUUGUCGUUUCUCCUGGUCCAGACGAAGAAAUGCCUACCGUCAUGAGCGGGACCAAGUUCAUCGAUCAGACCGACUUCACCACGCGGAAGAAGCCUAUGCCCGGCGGCGUCAUCUGGUCUGAAGAGGACAAAGUCCUCUUCCUCAAAUUGUUGGCUCAGUAUGGAGAUGACUUCAAGCGAAUAGCUGCAUCAAUGCCAAAUAAGACAACGAUUCAAGUGAGCCAAUUCUACAAGGCCAAUCUCGCCGAGUGGGCCCUUGAGAAGGUGGCGGCAGGCGCUCCAAAACGGUCACCUACUCCUGACAGAUCUCAAGACAUGUGGAAAGAAACGAGCAUCCCGGGAUCUGGUGUCAUCACACCCAGUACCAACUGCUCAACUCCAGAUAUUCAAGCACCAAUGCAAGGCCUUCCUCCCGUUGCAAUCGAGACUCGCUUCAGGGUGAAUGGGCAUGGCUCGCCAUCUCGCAAGCUACAUAUCCAGGAGAUGUUCACGAGCGCUGAGCGGGACCAGAGGCAAGUGGUUGAGUCGUCUACUGCAGGGCAGUCUUCCGGAUAUCAGUUCCGUUCCACGUCUAUCGAGAGCAUGCGUGCCCAGUACGGGCCGACGGAUAAUAUGCCCGCGCGCGGGUAUGUCCCCAUCCAACCACGAACCUCCCCGUACGCCAAUAUCGCCCCGCCGAUACGCUCAACCAAUGGGUCACUGAUGGAUAACACGAUCAAUGGUGCCAGCCAGGCACCUCCGGCGACGCUGACGAUGACCUUUCAGUCUAACUUUGCAUACUCGAACCUGUCGCCCUCGCACUUUGCGAACGACCAGCGACCAGCUCAGCGGAUGGCCACGCGUAACGUCUCGCCGCCGGGUGCGACGUCGAGCGCGACAAUGACGUUCGAUGCGUCGAUGUUCCCGCAGCAGACGUGGACGCAUCGGUCACUGCAUACCCCUACGCCCGCGCUACCGGCGACGCUGCAGACGACGGAGGAUUUGGUGGCGUACUUGGAGCAUCGGACUCGUCAGACAGCGCAGCAGCUGGACUUCCAAUAG